CAUAGCCCUGACCUAUGAUAUUCAAAAGAAUCUUAUUUAUUGGGCUGAUAACCAUGGAAAUAUCUACAAGGCUUCCAACCACAAGAGCAUGGUUCUUUAUUCAGGGCAACCUGGUGUGAGAAGUCUGGCUGUUGAUUGGCUUACUGGGCAGCUCUUUUGGACGAGUGUUACACAAAAAGCCAUUUUCACAGGUUCCACUGAUGGAAGUUCUGCAUGUGUAGUCAUAUCCAAAGACACAGACCCAGGUGAUGUUGUCCUCAGUCCAGUUGAGAGUUUUAUAUUUUGGAUUAAUAGAGGAACGAGUGAAGAGAUUACCAUUGAAAGGACAGCAAUGGAUGGUUUGAAUCGGACUACACUCAUUUUUGUUACCGCACAGAUACCAAAAGGUCUUACAUUGGAUGUGGCAGCACGACGGUUGUAUUGGAUCAGUGAGUUCAAAAUGUCAAUUGAGAGCAUUAGGACAGAUGGUUCUGGGAGUUACACGUUUUGGAACAUUUUUCAAGGAAGUUCUGCUCUGAGCCUGGCAGUCUUCAAUGGCUGGUUCUACUGGGCAGAUGAAAAGAGACUCUGGCAAACUCCUCAAAAUCUACCCACUGCAAAAUAUAAUGAGUUCCUCCUAAAAGCGUCCCUUCCUGUUCUGACUGUCUACCAUGAGCUUCAGCAGCCUCGAGGUUUUUCACCAUGUAAAAACUCUAGGUGCAAGCUGUGUUUACCAUCCAAGAAAAGUCCUGUUGGAUUCACCUGUUUGUGUCCUGAGGGAAUGUUGCCUGUGGCUUAUGGCUCUUGUGAAAAUUUUAAGGUUGCCUAUGCAACUGCCACUGUCAUAUACAGUCUGGAGUUUACGGGGAACACCACCAUCAAAACUGAACUCUUUACUUCAGAUGAGGACAUUCAGGCAUUCGACAUGCACUGGAAACGCGGCUGUGUGGUAUGGUGUAAUGGGACUGGUCAUGUGAAGACUAACAGGCUUUCUCGGGACAUGUCAGAGUACAUUCUUACAUUAAAACCUGCUUGUGUUGUGCGAGUGGAUCAGAAGACAGGGAAUCUGUACUGGCUGGCCUGUGAUGAACUUUCCAUCGGUGUUUCUACCAUUGGCCCCCUUCAUCAGAGUAUUUCCAGGCAGUUAUAUCAAGCCAGAACUGCAAUCCUUGACCUUUUCGUGGAUUGGCAGAAAGGAAAGCUGUAUUGGCUUGAGGGAGGUCAGAUCAUGAGAAUGAAACUGGGUUUGAUCGGUGGCCGUGCAGAAGCAGUCUUCAGCUUGGAGGAAAAUGGUUUCGGCACCAUUGCAUUUGAUAGAAAAGCAAACAGCUUUCUUUGGAAUGGUGGCUCUUUCUUGCAGGUCAUGAGUCUACUAAAGGCUAGGAAAUACUCUGGAGGUAAAAAGUGUGUCAUUCCUGGCUCUAUUGUGGCUGCUUAUGAACCCUACGUAGUGGCCUUGUUCAGUAACUUCCUGUCAGUAUGGAAUCGCAAAGAUCGAACCCGUAUCUCGGAGGUUGCUGUUGAAAAUGAUAUUGUUGGCUUAUCUGUUGCUCUCAGGGAGGUCGUGCAAGAUGACGUGGCUGAAGAUGUGCGUCCUACCGAGGUGACUUGUAUAAGCCCCCUGGUCUUGUGUCCAGGUUCAACAGUGUGUAUCAGUCAGUCUCAGCAAUGUGAUGGCAAGAGUGAUUGUCCUGGUGGGUCAGAUGAGGCUUUCUGCUUGUACACUUGUGCAAAGCCAGGUGAAUUCCUCUGUGAGGACAGGAGGAAUUGUGUGGAGAGAAAUUUGGUGUGCGAUGGUCACACUCACUGUCCUGAUGGUUCAGAUGAGGUCGGUUGUCCUUCUGCAGCUCCUGCAACCUCAACAACAACAACAUCAUCAUUAUCAUUAAAGUGUCGUAUGGGAUCUAUACCCUGUAAAGAUGCCCGUGAGUGUGUCCUGUACAGUCAUGUGUGUGAUGGAGAGAUUGACUGUAAGGAUGGGUCUGAUGAAGAUGACUGUGAACUUCAGUGUAAAACAGAUCAGUUCCAUUGUGCUCAUGGGAGGAUGUGUAUUGACAAAAAGCUGGUGUGUGAUGGAACACCUCAAUGUCAGGAUCGCUCUGAUGAAGCGGAUUGUUUUAUUCGCUCGCAUGACUGCAAACACCACUGUGAUAAUAAAACUCGCUGCAUCCCUGAGAGCUUCCUCUGUGAUGGAGAUAAGGACUGCAUGGAUACCACUGAUGAAGAAAACUGCAAUGAAAUUAACAGUGGAAAUCUUAAUUUGGCGGAGAACAAAGGUGUGUCGACUUUAGUCGCCUCUCAGCCUCCAGUCUGUAGAAGUCCUUCUAUGAUGUGUCCAGGAACAUUAUUGUGCAUUUCUCAGACUCGCCUGUGUGAUGGGAAGCUAGAUUGUCCUGAUGGUUCUGAUGAAGUUUCAUGCAUAGAUACUUGUGCAAAAAUCGGUGAUUUCCUUUGUAAGGACAGAAGGAAGUGUGUGGAGAGGAAUUUGGUGUGUGAUGGACAGUCUCACUGUCUUGAUGGUUCUGAUGAGGUAACUUGUCCACUUGGGCGCAGUAGAACAUCAACCACUGCAUCAUUAAAGUGUCGUGUGGGUUCUAAACCUUGUCAAGACGGCCGGGAGUGUGUCAUGCACAGUCAUGUGUGUGAUGGAGAGAUAGACUGUAAAGAUGGAUCUGAUGAAGUCGACUGUGAACUUCAGUGUAAACCAGAUCAGUUCCAUUGUGCCCAUGGGAGGAUGUGUAUUGACAAAAUACAGGUGUGUGAUGGCACACCUCAAUGUCAGGAUCGUUCUGAUGAAACUGACUGUUUCACUCGCUCGCAUGACUGCAAACACCGCUGUGAUAAUAAAACUCGCUGCAUCCCUGAGAGCUUCCUCUGUGAUGGAGAGAAGGACUGUGUGGAUGCCACCGAUGAAGCAAACUGCACUGAAAUUAACAGUGGAAACCUAAAUUUACUGGCUGUCAAGAAAGGUGCCUCGACAUUUGUUGCCUCUCGGCCUCCAGUCUGUAAAAGUCCUUCCAUAAUGUGUCCUGGAAGUUCUUUGUGCAUUUCUCAGACUCGUCUGUGUGAUGGGAAGCUAGAUUGUCCUGAUGGUUCUGAUGAAGUUUCAUGCAUAGAUAUUUGUGCAAAAAUUGGUGAUUUCCUUUGUAAGGAUAGGAGGAAAUGUGUGGAGAGGAGUUUGAUAUGUGAUGGCCGUUCUCACUGUCUUGACGGUUCUGAUGAGGUUGGCUGUCCCAUCAGGGGAAGUAGAACACCAACCACAGCAUCAUUAAAGUGUCGUCUGGGAUCUAAACCCUGUAAAGAUGGCAGAGGAUGUGUCCUGUACAGAAAUGUGUGCGAUGGACAGAUUGACUGCAAGGAUGGAUCAGAUGAACAAAACUGUAAACGUCAGUGCCGACCAGGUCAGUUUCGGUGUACAACUGAUGGGAGAUGUAUUGAGAAGAAUCUAGUGUGUGAUGAAACUCCUCAGUGUCUGGAUAAAUCUGAUGAGACUGGAUGCCAGAAAGCCUCAGGGAUGUGCGUCAUGCGGUGCGACUGGAACACGCAUUGUAUUCCUGAAGAUUUCAUCUGUAAUGGGAUUAAGGACUGUCAAGAUGGUGCUGAUGAAGUCAACUGUGCUAUAUCCAGAACUUCCCAGGGAAGCUGUGAAAGUCCCUCUUUUCUGUGUCCGGGAACAUCAGUAUGUGUUUCUCAGGCUGAGAUGUGUGACCGAAGAGAUUGUCCUGACGGAUCAGAUGCGGCGGCUUGUAUAGAUUUAUGUGCAUCUCCAGGUGAUUUUCUGUGUAAGGACAGAAAGAAGUGUGUUGAGAGGAAUCUGGUGUGUGAUAGUCGCUCUCACUGUUUUGAUGGUUCUGAUGAGGUCGGUUGUCCCACAAUGGCUCCUACAACCUCAACCACAGGGUCAUUCAAGUGUCGUGUGGGAUCUAAACCCUGUAAAUAUGUCAGGGAGUGUGUCCUGUACAGUCAUGUGUGUGAUGGAGAGAUGGACUGUAAGGAUGGAUCUGAUGAGGAGGACUGUGAGCUUCAGUGCAAUCCAGGUCAGUUUCAGUGUGUUCAGGGGAAGAAGUGUAUUGACUUUAGGCAGGUAUGUGACGGGAUUCCUCAGUGUCUGGAUCAUUCAGAUGAAGCAGGAUGCUGGAAACCCACAAAGAGCUGCAGCAUGCGCUGUGACGGAAACGCUCGUUGCAUCCCAGAGGUGUUCAUAUGUAAUGGAAUGAGAGACUGCUGGGAUGGAUCAGAUGAGGCUGACUGUGCAAUACCAACCCCACCAUCACCCUGCAAGACUCCUUAUGUGGCUUGUCAAGGGACGACACUCUGCAUCCUGCAACAAUAUUUGUGUGAUGGAAGAAGAGACUGCCCAGAUGGUUCCGAUGAGCGACCGUGCCUUCGCAACUGUCCAUAUCGCAGUGACUUCCUGUGCAAGGACAGGAAGAAGUGUGUGAACAAAAAUUUGUUGUGUGACGCACGCUCUAACUGUGUGGAUGGUUCCGAUGAGGUCGGUUGUCCCACUACAACUCCUACAACCUUAAUGACAGCAUCAUUAAAGUGUCGCGUGGGCUCGAAGCCCUGUUCAGAUGGCCAAGAGUGUGUCCUAUAUAGUCAUGUCUGUGAUGGAGAGAUGGACUGUAAGGAUGGAUCUGAUGAAGCCGACUGCAGUGUUAAUUGUAAAGAAGGGGAGUUUCAGUGUGCCCAUGGAAAAAAAUGCAUCGAAACAAAACAAGUCUGUGAUGGCAAACCGCAAUGUCAAGAUUUUUCAGACGAAAGCGACUGCUUUGUACGCACCAAAAGCUGCAGCCAUCGCUGUGACAACAAAACCCGCUGCAUCCCAGAGAAUUUCCUGUGUGAUGGAGAGCGAGACUGUGUGGACGGCACAGAUGAGUCUGACUGUGGGUACCCUGCAAAGGUACUGGAUUGCAAGAGUCCUGCAGUAUUGUGUAGCGAUGGGUCCCUGUGCAUACCUCACACAAGACUCUGUGAUGGGAAAAGGGACUGUCCUGAUGGGAUUGAUGAAGCAUUUUGCUUUGACCGAUGUCCAAACCCAGGUGACUUCCUGUGUAAGGACAGAAGAAAGUGUGUAGAGUUAAAUUUGGUGUGUGAUGGUCACUCUCACUGUCUUGAUGGUUCAGACGAGGUCAGCUGUCCCACUGUGGCUCCUACAACCUCAACUGCAUCAUUAAAGUGUCGUGUGGGAUCUAUACCAUGUAAAGAUGGCCAUGAGUGUGUCCUGUACAGUCAUGUGUGUGAUGGAGAGAUUGACUGUAAAGAUGGGUCUGAUGAAGAUGACUGUGAACUUCAGUGUAAACCAGAUCAGUUCCAUUGUGCUCAUGGGCGGAUGUGUAUUGACAAAAAGCUGGUGUGUGAUGGAACACCUCAAUGUCAGGAUCGUUCGGAUGAAACAGACUGUUUCACUCGCUCGCAUGACUGCAAACACCGCUGUGAUAAUAAAACUCGCUGCAUCCCUGAGAGCUUUCUCUGUGAUGGAGAGAAGGACUGUGUGGAUGCCACUGAUGAAGCAAACUGUGAUCGUGUUACAAGUUCUCACAUGGACACACCAACCAAGCUUGUUUGCAAUGCUCCAUCAGUACUGUGUCAGAAAACUUCAAAAUGCCUUGCACAAUCCCAGCUAUGUGACGGAAACACAGACUGCCCUGAUGGAUCCGACGAGCGUUCUUGCAUAUAUACUUGUCCAGACUCUGGUCAGUUUCUCUGCAAGGACAGAAGGCAAUGUAUUCUGAAAGCCCUUGUGUGUGACGGUUAUUCACACUGCUCUGAUGGAUCAGAUGAAAUGCAGUGUCCCAGCUGUGCCAUGCGUUGCGAUGGAAAAGUGUGUCUGACGAAGCAACAUCUCUGUGAUGGGAAACCUGACUGCAGAGAUGGCUCAGAUGAGAAGAACUGCUAUCGUGUUCUUGCAAGUGCUUCGUCCCCAGUGAGAUGUCCACUGGGUUCCAAACCAUGUAAAGAUGGUAAAGAGUGCGUCUUGUACAGCCAUGUUUGUGAUGGAGAAAAAGAUUGCAAAGAUGGAUCUGAUGAGAGAGGCUGUGAGCGUAGAUGUAAAAAAGGCCAGUUCCAGUGUGCUCAUGGUCGGAAGUGUAUAGAUCUGAAGCUUGUAUGUGACGGCACUCCACAAUGUCAGGACCGAUCUGAUGAAAUAAACUGUGUGAAACUCUCCGAAGAGUGUAACCAUGCAUGUGACAACAGAACCCGUUGCAUUCCUGAGGCGUUCCUGUGUGAUGGAGAGAAGGACUGUGUGGAUGGAUCUGAUGAAGAUAGCUGUGUAGUUGAACACUGCCCGAACGAUCGUUUCCAGUGCAGUAAUGGUCAGUGUGUGGCCAUGAUUCUCCACUGUGAUGGAUAUGCUGACUGCCGUGAUCAUUCAGAUGAGAAGGGCUGUCCUCAGCCCCCACACUGUCCUGCGGAGCAGCUCUGCCCCCACACUCAUCAGUGUUUGCUUAAAGAAUGGUUCUGUGAUGGAGAUAAGGAUUGUAGUGAUGGGUUUGAUGAGAAGAACUGCGAAGUGACACCACUAGAGUGUGGAGAAUUCCAGUGGUCAUGUGCAUCUAAAAUCCAGUGUAUUCCGCAAAUGUGGAAAUGUGAUGGCAUGAAGGACUGUGAUGAUGGAAGUGAUGAGUCUGGAUGUGAGUGUGGUCAAGUGAAAUGCCCAACGCAUUUGUUUCGUUGUGGAAUUGGUGAAUGUGUGCAACCAGACCUGGUGUGCAACAGGGUCCCUAACUGUGUGGACGGUUCUGAUGAGGGUUUGGGGUGUAUGAAGAACAACUGCUCUAGUAUCAGCCUGUCGUGCCAACACUACUGCAUCAGUACUCCACAUGGAGCGAGAUGUGGCUGUAAGAUUGGUUUUAGGCUCCAUUCUGAUGGUUUAAACUGCACUGAUAUCGAUGAAUGCACAGAGAUUCAGCCUGAUGUCUGUAGUCAUAACUGCCUCAAUACCCUGGGUUCCUACCUGUGUCAGUGCCAUCCUGAAUAUAUACUAGAACCAGACGGUCAGAGCUGCAAGACCUCAGAGGAGCCUAGUCUCCUGGUUUCUGGGCAGUACGAGUUGUUGAGUUUGGGUCUGCGGAGCUUCAGUAUUCAUGCUCUUAUAACACCAGGGCAUAAGUCCAUCUUCUCUCUGGACUACGACCAAAAGGAGAGAUGCGUGUACUGGGUCAGUCUUGAGGAAGCGAGCAUCAAAUAUGCCUUCCAUGGAGAAAAGAACAAAAUUGGCACAAUUGUCAAAGGAGUGAAGUCAGACUCCAUUGCUGUCGACUGGAUUGGAAGGAACCUUUACUGGGUAGAUGGUGCCGCUGGUCAGAUUUUGGCAGUGAGACUGGGCAGCAGCAUUGUAGCACCACAAAAUUACACUGUAAUUCUGGAUGAAGAUUUGGAGCAGCCUCGCUCACUUGUGCUUCUGCCGCAGAAAGGGAUGAUGUUCUGGUCCGAGAUUGGAGUUAGAUCACAGAUUGAGCGGUCUAGCAUGGAUGGUUCGGAGAGGAAGGUGGUGAUAAAUCAUGGUUUAAGCUGGCCUAUCAGCAUCACUGUGGAUAUCUUGACUGACAGACUUUAUUGGACUGAUGAGAAACUCAAAUAUAUUGGCUCAGCCACACUGGAUGGAGAGAACAUGAGGGUGCUACAACUAUCGGAGAUGGCCAGUCCCUUCUCUGUAGCUGUGUUUAAUGACUUUGUUUAUUGGUCCGAUACCCGUAGAAGAUCCAUUCAAGGGGCCAACAAGCUCACUGGCAAGAACCGUAAAGUUGUUCUUAAAAGACCAAGUCAGCCAUUCAGUCUCAAAGUUGUCCACCCCUUUCUACAGCCCAAUGUGACAAGCCCCUGUGAGAGACUGAAAUGUUCCCACACGUGUCUGCUUGCUCCAGGGCUUAAAGCUGUAUGCCGCUGCCCAGCAGGACUCUUGCUGGCAGCAGACGAACUCACCUGUUCCUCUUUUGUCGAGUCCUCAUCUUUCCUUCUACUUUUAUCACCUACCAUGAUCACUCAGAUCUUCACACAAAGCCUGCAAGAGACUGGGUUGAAGAAUUGGCCGGUGCACCGUGCUUUUGCUCUCCGCAGCGUUAAUGAGGCAUCUAACUUUGACCUGCUUCUCAAAGACCGCACUGUUUUCCUUGCCGAUGCUGUUCAGGGUUCUGUAGCCAAGCUGAAACUAAGUAGCUCUGGCUUCAGAGCAGCAGGACACUUACUACAGCUCAAAGGAGACCUGGUGACGGCUUUAGCUGUGGACUGGGUUUCGGAUAACCUCUACUGGAGCAGCAUCAGGAGUCCUCAGCUUUACGUUACGUCUCCCGGAGGAAAAUACACUUUGCUAGUCCUGCAGGGUGAACUUCAGGAGACGAUCUCCAUUGCUUUACACCCUCCAACAGGUAGGCUGUGUUUCACUGCAGUCAGCCGGAGGGGAUCUGAGCUUCUACCACAGGUGGACUGCGCACACAUGGAUGGGAGCAAUCGCACGCUGCUGUGGAGUAAAGCCAAGAUGCCCAUUUCACUUGCGUUUUCAGACACCGGAACCGCGCUGUACUGGGCAGAUACCGGGGCUGGAUCGAUAAGCUCUAUUGAUAUUGAUGGCUCUAAUUAUAAGGAAUACAAUACUGGACCUGCUUUCAUUGUGUCAUUUGCCCGUAUUGAGGACAUCAUCUUCUGGGUCACCCUAGAAAAUGGUACAAUUAAAGUGUGGUACACUGACGGCUUCAACUCCAAGCAGAUGUGGUUUGAGGUCAAGACAAACAUAGUAGAAUUGAAAGCUUACAGCAAGUCCAGCCAGAAAGGAACCAAUUUCUGUUCUGAAAACAAUGGAGGCUGCAGUCACCUCUGCCUGCCCUAUCCAAGUGGACGUACUUGUCGGUGUGCACGGGAUUACCUUUCCAUAAAUGGGACAAAAUGCUUGUCCAACCUCAAGUGCCCCACGGGCAGUAAAGCAUGCAGGGACGGACAUAAGUGUAUCCAUGCUGCAAAGUUCUGUGACCAAGUCCCGGACUGCCAGGAUGGCUCAGAUGAAGACUGUGGUGUCAAAUCCAAAUCUGGGCCUUGGACAGCUGAACUUUCCCCAACUCAAACAGAGGUUUCGGUCAAGAACCUUGAUAGUCGCUCCUGUGAUGCGGAGCGAUGCAGCAAGCAUGGUAAAUGUGUAACUGUGAAGGGAGAGGUCGUGUGCAAGUGUGAGAAGGGGUACAGUGGGGAUCUAUGUCAGAACACUGGUUCAAGUCGGACAGCUCUUGCACUGACCCUGACUUUUCUCUUUGGAGGUGCCCUACUUGCCGCUGUGAUCAUGAAAAAGAGAAGGGUGCAUGCAGCUGGGCUACAUGCUACGGAUAAAGAAAUGCUUGUGACUAACAAGGAAGAGUGCACAACCUUCUCUCAAAACUUUGCUAAUGAGCUGUACAAUCCAGAAGAGGAUCCGAUGAGCCCAGCUAUCACCACACCUGCUGUCAGCUAAAUUUUGUUUCUAAUAAAGG